AUCGCCUGGUCUGGAGGCGGCUGGCGCCUGCGCAGUUAGUUCUCAGGGACUAGCAAUUUCUUCCGUGGCAAGAGCAGGCAGGAGGACUAUGGCGGAGGAGGUAAAGGAACAAGUGAAGGACCUGAUGAAGGCUACAGUUCUCAUGCGGCACCCCCAGCAGGUUCGGGAGAUCAUUCACUCCCUCAGGAAGGGAGGACGAAACAAAUUACAGGUCAUUUCCGACUUUGACAUGACCCUGACUAGGUUUGGAUUUAAUGGAAAGCGCUGCCCUACAUCUUACAAUAUCCUAGAUAACAGCAAGCUCAUCAGUGAGGAUUGUCAGAAAAAGUUAAAGGAUCUCCUUCACUACUAUUACCCAAUUGAGAUUGAUCCAAACAGGACAGUCAAAGAGAAGUUUCCACUCAUGGUCGAAUGGUGGACUAAAGCCCACAAUCUCCUGUGUCAACAGAAGAUUCAGAAGUACCAGAUAGCCCAGAUUGUUAGAGAGUCGGAUGCAAUGCUCAGGGACGGAUUUGAGACAUUUUUCAACACACUCCACCAAAGCAACAUUCCCCUCCUCAUCUUUUCUGCUGGUAUUGGAGACAUUUUGGAAGAGAUUAUCAGGCAGAUGAAUGUUUUCCACCCCAAUAUCCAUGUUGUGUCCAAUUAUAUGGACUUUGAUGAAAGUGGCUACCUGCAGGGUUUCAAGGGUCAUCUCAUCCAUACAUAUAACAAGAAUAGUUCUGUCCUGGAGGACUCGAAGUAUUUUGAACAGCUCCAGGCUAAGACCAACAUUCUCCUGCUGGGUGACUCCAUGGGUGACCUGACUAUGGCUGAUGGGGUAUCCAGUGUUGGCAACAUCCUUAAGAUUGGCUUCCUGAAUGACAAGGUAGAGGAACGGAGAGAGCGGUAUCUGGAUUCCUACGACAUUGUGUUGGAGAAGGAUGAGACUCUAGAUGUGGUCAACGGGAUUCUAACCCACAUCUUGUGUGAGCAGGACCAGACGGGAAUGCAAGGGCCCUGAGUGUGGUUGGAGAUUCUCAAAUGCUCUCUGGUUGCUCCAGCUGGUGAUUCAAAAACUUCUUAUCCUUGUGUGUACAUGAGAAACUCUUGGCUUCCAAGAGCCACUUAACCCCAAACCCCAGGUCCUUCCCUUCUCCUCUCUCGUGAACCGUUGCUGUUUUUAUCAAAAAACUUUGGGUAACUCACCCUGUCUGGUGCUGCCCUGACUUGUUAAAAAGAUAGCUGUGGUCAGCAUGUCUACCUGGCUGAGAAAGCAGUACAUCAUCUCAGAUGAUUCAGGAGAGAAGUGGAAGCAAGCUGAAUUGGAUACUACUCUCUCCCCAUCCACCUACCCCCUGCUCCCCUGAAACCGCCCACACAGUGUAAGAUCUACACUGAACAAAUGCUUUGGGGCAUGGCUGAGGGCUUGUGUCCUCACUGGCAUCCCUGGCAUUGGAAGGUGUGGGUGUUAGAAAGCACUGACUAGCUGUCUAGAGACCUGAGUUUGAGUCCCUGCCCUGCCACCAGUUAGCUCUAUGACCAUAGACAAAUCACUUAACCUUCUUAGGUCUCACUGUCCUUUUAAAAAGAAAAUAUUUGGAAUAGAUGAUUCUUUAUAGUUUUUAAAAUUCUGUGAUUCUGUUACAUUCUGAAACUGAAUGUUGGAUUUGAAAUUGUCAGAAACCUGAGAGGGUUAUACAGCUGUACCUGUAGCAUUCUUGGUUUAUCAUGGAAUGAGGAUUUUCGGACAUAGAGAUUUCUUUUAGUAACCUUGGGGCCUGCUCACCCUCUUCUUCCUCUUUAUGUAGUCUUAGUCAUUGACAGGACCAAACAUUGAGGGGGAAAGAGGGAGGAAGCAGUUAGGUGAGGAGCUAGGAAGCAGUGUGUCUGUAUUUCAAUGUCAAAUAAAUACCUUUUUUGAUUCUG